AUGAUCUCCGAUAUCGAAUGGGACUCGAAUCCAAACUGUGAACACUGCAAAGCCGAUGUAGGAGAGCCACGGUCUCCAGAGCUGACAAUAUGGGCGUGGCGGCCUCGGCCAAAUGGCGUUUUCAUGCAUUGAGCAGGUUUUCUCUGAUUUUUGUGGUCAAAGGCGAUGAAAAACGAUUGUGCGACAUGAAAAUACACUAAUUCUCAGAAUUAAUGACGUUUUCGCGCAUUUUUCGCGGACUUUGCUUUUUCGCCUUUGCCGCCGAAAACCGCACUUCUCAUUUUGCGCGCUUUCUUGGCCGUUUUCAGACAGAAUUGGUUUUGAGAAUGAUAAAUCACGUAAAUACAAGCAUUUUGAGCGCUCGAACCGCGAAAAUUGCCGAAAAGCAACUGAAAUUCACGCAGUUUCAGCCAAAAAACCUUCAAACGGAUAAAUGUGAUUUGCGACUUGACCAAAUUUAACGUUCUUGCGCUUAAAAAAUUCGUAAUAGCCUAUACAAUCGGUCUAUCGAGAGAUAAAUCAGAAAUUAUCGGUUUUUCGUGGCUAAUCUGGCGAAAAACACAAAUUUUGCUGUUAAAAUUUGAAUUUCGCCCCACUGUAUCACUUGCGCCCAUUGUCAGCUCUGGAGACCGUGGAGAGCAGAAAUUUGCGGGAAUUUCUGUUUAAAAAAAGACACAAAAUUCUCAGAGAGUCCAGCGAAAAGUGUCCCACUUCGGCUGCCUCGCCAUGUACUGUUUGUGGUGGUGCGGCGUCGGCGUUUUCGUUUGGAAAUUGACAAUGUUCGACUACUGCGAAAAUUGUUUCUAUGUGCAUUUCAUGCGGCAGGCGCGGGCUCGAAAGACGUUUUCGGUAAUUUGUUGACGUCAAGUGUUCCGCUGAUUUCGAACAAAAUCACGGUCUCCCAGGUGGCGCUAAUGCUAAACACAGUGUGCUCGUAAAUUGCGGAGUGUCGUUGUAACUUUUGAAAAUUUGCAGGUCUCAAAAUGCAUUUCAUUUCGAGUUUACGACCUUUAUUUCUAUCUUUUUGACUUGAAAAACGUCUAGAAAACAUUAUUUUACUGAUUGGAAACCGUUCUUUACAUCAUUUAGAGUUUUUCAUGUUUUUAGCGUCUUUUUCGCAUUUCGUCAAAACUUCAAACCCCUAUAUUUCAGCUCAUUUUGCAUUUCAUGAGCCCAACGAACGAUAAAAAUGUUCGCUGAAUCUUUCUUCACAAAAUUCAGGUUCCGGCGGUUAGUUUUCUUAAGCAGUUUUCGAAAAGUAUUCGAAAAACAUCAAAAUCCAGGCCAAAACCUUCAAAUCGAAAUAACUCGGCUAAUUCUCAACGAUAUGCGAGAUUUUUGUUACCAAAACGUAGCUAGUGCUCUAAUUAUUCGAAUCCAGGUUCCAGGCGUACAAAAAAUAGGUGCAUUGUACAGAAAACAUGGAAAGAACGCGGCCUCCCGUUGAAUAUUAAUUAAUCGGUCGCCGCGUAAAUCGACACAGCCCGCCUGUUGCAAGUGCGCCCCAUUGAAAUCAUUCGCGCCGUGGGAGACCGUGGCAAAAACACAUUUGCAGCUGGCUGUCGACGAUGGCUCUUUGCUCGAAGUUCCGCCAGUCGACGCGGCGGAGAUGAGGAAGAAGAUCGAUGAGCACUUGUUGAUACGCUGA